AUGGCGGAGGGCUCGGAAUUGAUGUUUUUCGAUCUGAGACUGGUCCACGAUCACUUUGACCGUGCUCUCGUUCAAGAGGACGACGUUGAUCUCAAAGCCUACCUGGAUGCCUACAAUGAACUCUACAAAUUUUUCCAACUCAUGGGCACUGUUUUCGGCUUUGUCUCCUCUGACUUGAAGCAGAAGAUUGAAAUUCUGAUCGAAUUGGUGAACAAGGAUGAACAGAAUUAUACCACAGUCAAGUCCAUGAUCGAAUAUGAGAAGGAGAGCAACAUGUUGGACAAGGGAGACCAUACGAAUGGUGCUCGAACUCUGCUGAGACUUCACAGAGGAUUAGAUUUUAUUAGGGAAUUUUUAAGGCAACUUGGUGAUCUGUCAGAUUGCGAUAAAACCUCCAGCUGUUGCCAAGAUGCUUAUAAUAAAACACUGGCCAAGCAUCACCCGUGGGUAAUCAGAAAGGCUGCAAUAGUUGCCAUGUAUACAAUGCCCAGCAGAGAGCUUUUAUUCAAAAAGGUCUGCGGUGCAAAUGUCCAAAGGAACGUCGACGUCUUGCCAAAAAUGUUAGAAGUAACAGCCGACGUGUUCAACCGUACGCAUAAUCUCUACGAGAUCCAUGAACUCCACAAUCUGCCAUAA